UGUCUGUUACUCAAUGGACAAAUGUUUACAACUCUCUCAUUUACUACAAGCCGAGGCGUUACAGCCAGCUGACACACUGGCAUCAUGAGUAGGGGGCAAAGUACCUGCCUCUAACAAAUCAGGAAGUGUUCGGGCUGCCAGCUCCUGGAGCCAUAGGAAAAUAAGACGGGGGCAAUCCUUACAGACAUCUGAUCGGAGGACUUGACGUACAAGAUGGAACAAAGGGAGACCUCUUCAACAUCCCCUGAUGGAAAAAUGGAGGAGGACACUGGAAAGAUUCAUCUAAAACGGGAGCUAGGUCUCAUAAGUGCUGUGUCCAUGAUCGCUGGCACCAUGAUUGGCUCUGGAAUCUUCAUGUCUCCUCAAUGGGUCCUGUAUUACAUGGGGAGUCCUGGGGCUAGUCUCUUAAUAUGGGCUGCGUGUGGCCUCCUAGCUAUGCUUGGUGCCCUAUCCUAUGCUGAACUUGGAACAGUCAUUAAGGAAUCUGGAGGAGAUUACGUAUAUAUUUUAAGGAACGUUGGCUCCUUACCUGCCUUUCUCCUGGCGUUUACCUCAGUCAUCGUGGUGAGGCCGGCCAGCAUAGCUGGAGUCUCUCUAAGCUUUGCAGAAUACGUUGUGGCUGCUUUCUUCCCAGACUGUCCAGCUCCGCAAGCCAUCACUAAGUGCACAGCAGCUGCCUGCAUCCUUGUCCUGGUGAUUGUCAAUUGUCUGAAUGUCAGACUUUCCAUGUCCAUCAUGAACUUCUUCACAGCAGCUAAGCUGAUAGUUCUAUUGGUAAUGAUUGUGGGUGGCAUGGUCCUUUUGGUCAUGGGGAACACCAAGGUUUUACAGAGCGCUUUUGAAAACACAGCCACUGGUUUUGGACCUGUUGGGGUGGCCUUUUAUCAAGGGCUCUGGUCCUAUGAUGGAUGGAAUAAUCUGAAUUAUGUCACUGAAGAACUGAAGAACCCUGAGGUGAACCUUCCUCGAGCUGUGAUGAUUGCAAUCCCACUGGUCACAUGUAUUUACCUUCUGGUUAAUGUCAGCUAUUUUGCAGCGAUGACUCCACAGGAACUACUUACAUCGGAUGCUGUCGCCAUCAGUUGGGGCUUGAAGGUCCUGGGGACUUGGACAUGGAUAAUCAGUCUUGGGGUUGCACUUUCUACUUUCGGGUCUGCAAAUGGAACUUUCUUCAGUGGAGGACGAGUGUGCUACGUGGCUGCCAGAGAAGGACAUCUGCCAGACGUACUCUCCAUGGCCCACGUGACAAGGUUAACCCCAUCUCCUGCCCUCAUCUUCACAUCUGUCAUCUCAUUAAUAAUGAUAAUUCCCGGAGAUUUCAGUACCAUUGUCAACUUCUUUAGUUUCACAGCCUGGCUGUUCUAUGGUAUCACAAUUUCUGGUCUCAUAUAUAUGAAGAUUAAAAAGCCGGAUAUCCCUAGACCAUACAAGGUUCCAAUCAUCAUUCCGGUGAUAGUGCUCAUUGCCUCCAUAUACCUGGUGUUGGCCCCGAUUAUUGGCAGCCCUCAGCUGGAAUAUCUCUAUGUUGUCCUCUUUAUCCUCAGUGGGAUUAUCCUUUACUUUCCAGUUGUCCGAUAUAAAUGGUCUCCAGGAUGGUUCCAUUCUGUCACGCUUCAUCUUCAGCUCCUGCUUCAGGUUGCACCCGCUGAUAAGAACGACUGAGAUGAAGUUUCUCUGUUAUGGAUGUAACUACUGGGACAUUAUAUGAUAUAUUUUAUUCUUCCAGUAAUUCUGGGUUA